AACCGUGAGAUCACGACCUAAGCAGAAGUUGGACACUUAACCAACUGAGCCACCUAGGCACCCCUGCUUUUUGUCUUUCAAGAUUUGUUCUUCUGGUUUAGGGUUGGCUCCUUUCAAGCAUCUGUUCUGAUAUACUCAUUGGCUUUAAGAGUACCUGGCAGUCAGUAUUGUGAGGGUCUCUGAGAUAAUCUGGUCCAACAUGUUUCAUGUGGGACAACCGAAGCCCAAGGGUACAAGGGACUUAACCAAGGUCAGAAAGAGAACCAGGAGUUCCAGACCCCCAGCCUGGAGCUCAAGCAUCUGCCCAAAGGGCCAUCAUCCAGGGCAGGGAGGAGGAAGGGAAUCACAGCUAGAAUUUACCAUGUAUGGUUAAUGUGUGUUAGUCACAAACUGCAAGUGAGGCCUUGAAUGCCGAGGGUAGCUGACCUCAUAGACCCACCCAGCGACAAUUCAUCCUGGGAGUGACAGGUGAGAGGGAGCAAAGGGCAGCUGGGUGGCCUGAAGCUAGCAGGGUGUGCCCCAGGCCUCUCCCUGUCACCUCUAGGCCUCUCCCAGCAGUGCUUUCUCCCCUGUGACGGCUAAGGACUCUUACUGCCAGCGGCUGGGCUCGGACACGAGAAUGAAAGGUCUCCACUGGCGUUACACUCGGCUGCCCAGUCGGGUGGAGGAUGCUCUGUCUGUGGAGGAGGGUGAGGAAGAGGAGACAGCCCCGGCCCCAUUCUCAGCUCCUGUUCCUGAAGAUCCUGUGGAGCCCCAGCUGGCAGAAGCCAGCCAGGUUCUAGGAACCUCGGAGAUGAGGCAGCUCAGCCUCCACCUCCCCCCAAGAGUCACCGGACAUUCCUGGAGCCUGGCCUUCUGUACGUCGAGAAAUGGCUUCAGCCUGCGGAGCCUUUACAGGCAGAUGGAAGGCCACAGUGGGCCAGUGCUGCUGGUGCUGAGGGACCAGGAUGGGCAGAUGUUUGGGGCCUUCUCCUCCUCGGCUCUUCGACUCAGCAAAGGCUUCUAUGGUACUGGAGAGACAUUCCUCUUCUCCUUCUCCCCACAGCUGAAGGUCUUCAAGUGGACAGGAAGGAAUUCUUUCUUUGUGAAAGGAGACUUGGAUUCACUGAUGAUGGGCAGUGGCAGUGGCCAGUUUGGACUGUGGUUGGAUGGAGACUUGUAUCACGGCGGAAGCCACCCCUGUGCAACCUUCAACAAUGAGGUGUUGGCCCGGCGAGAGCAGUUCUGCAUCAAGGAACUGGAGGCCUGGGUCCUGAGCGGAUGCCCCCAUCGUGGGAAGCUUCCUGAAGCAACCAGUGCUCACACUUGCUCAUGAAUGCCAUCUAGACCCUCCUUAUAGAGGGCUGCCCAUUU